AGCACGAGAGUUUUCAGAAGCCUGCGUGCAUGCUAUAGGUACGUAAGUACGUGUAGCUAGCGUUGCGUUAGCCGAUUAGUCUGGUUGGUUGAGUCCGGUCAGUCUGGUUAUAAGUACAUACGAUUAUUGUCACGAAGAGACACGAUGUCACGAAAAGCAAUCCGGGCUAUAGAUUGGGCAGCUAUUAUCGAACGGAUGGGAGAUCUUGAAAAGAAUCAACUGGCUGCGUUUAAAAUCAGAUCAGACAAAUACUUACGACGUAUGGCCGCUAGCCCAGAAUCACCACCGAAGCUCGAUUGGGCAUACUAUAAGAAAAAUAUUUCAACCCCGGGUCUGGUGGAUAAGUUUCAGAAAGAAUACGAAGCAUUCUCAAUAGCCUAUCCAGCCGAUAAAUAUACAGCACAAAUUGAUACCGAAGAAAAGGAAGAGAAAAAAGAUAUAGAACAAAUAAUAAUUGAAUGCGACGAGGCGAUUGUAGAAUUAGAAAAAGAGAUUACUAAGAUUAACGGAAUGUUACCGUUCGAAGAGAUGACAAUGGAAGAUUUUACUAUUUUGUAUCCAGAACAGAGUAUUAACCCUGACAAACCUACAAUGUGGCCCCAUGACAGAUCGUUGGAUGAAGAUCCCGCAGAAACUGAUGAUCAUGCAAAAUCUGAACAGCUGGAAGAUGAAGGCAAAGGAGAUGAAAAGCCCAAGAAAAUGGGUCAUUAAAUAAAUUUAGUACAACAUAGUCCCAACGUAAUAUUAAUGUCAUUAAUGAUUUCUAUUUCAAUAGUCAUUAUUGCGAUGAAAUAUUAAGGUUAGAAUAAUUUCAAAAGUGUCAAAAUAAAAGUAUACCAUAUUAA